GUCUGUUCCGAGUUUGGUUGGCUUGCGUGCAUUCGUCGAGAUUAGCACUGCUUACUACCGUAUGGUUCUUCCCACCAACUGAAGUCUCGUUGGUUCGGGCCCCUUAUGUCCUACAAGCUUCCAGCAUCGUCGAUAUCAGAGAUUGAAGCACCAUACCAACUCGUUUCCCAGUUGCCAGAUAAUCAUGGUCAGCUCAUCGGAGGCGAUAUAAUCAUCAACGACGGCGCUGGUGCACUGGUGUCAGACUCUAUGACGGAUCCACGAAUACACUGGGUCUAUUUCAUGCUUGGCUGUGGUGGUCUAGUGCCAUGGAAUGCUAUGAUCAGUGCUACACCUUUCUUUCUUACCAGGAUGACUGGAUCUCCUCUUCAAUCGAGCUUUAGUUCAUAUCUAUCUAUGACAUUUACCGGUGCCCAAUUUAUUUUCUUGAUCCAUGCGACUGCUACUGUAAAACAGUCUCCCCCCUCAUGGCGAGCCUCUCGUACGAUGAACAUUCUCGCCGUUUUGGUCUCUCUCCUCGUGCUCAGCACUUUCAUACGCAUCCCUCCCGGAUGGUUUUUCACAUUCGUCAUUCUCAAUGGUAUAUGUCAAGCGGCAGCAUCAGUCUACAUGUCCUCUGCUUUUUACGCAGGAGCCUCUCUCUUUGGUCCAUCGUAUUUGCAAGCAGUUAUGACAGGUCAAGCUGCGGUUGCGGUGGUUAUGAGUAGUGUCCAGGUCAUGACCUCCCUCACGUCCGUUUUCGGAGAGGCGCCAAAAAGCAUCGACACGGCCGGAAAUGGUGCAGCAGAGGAAAGAUCUGCAUCCAUAUUCCUGUCGAUUUCUCUGCUAUUUCUCGUGGCAACUGCCAUGGCUCAUUCGUGGAUGAUCACUCUUCCAGAAUACAAGGCCAAAGUUGGCGUGUUAGAGCAUAAGAGGUUUCCCAUCACCUCUGAUAGUGAUUCAGACGAACUUGAAAUGCUCGUAUCUCAUGGACCGAUUACGACUUCAGCCGAUAAUAACGCGCAGGUAUUCCGCGUAUUCAAUGCUACUUUUAUUUAUCAGUUUACCGCUUUUUAUGUCUUUGUUGUCACAUUGGCUGUAUUCCCACCUAUCACGAUCUCCAUCGGACCCUCCAAUCCGAGGAUACACCCAUUACUGUUCAGUUCCUUCCAUUUCCUCAUCUUCAAUAUCGGGGACUUCGUGGGACGAUAUGUAUGCUCCUUCCCUCGCCUGAUAAUCUGGUCUGCUCGUCAGCAAGUAGUAUUGGCUGCACUACGGACGUUAUUCAUUCCUUUGUUCCUCAUCUGCAAUGUCCAACGACCGUCUUCGACGAAUAUCAUUACGCCGGUUAUCACUUCGGACAUUUUGUACAUGUUCAUUCUGUACAUGUUUGGCAUGACGAAUGGCUACGUCUCCAGUGUCUCCGUGAUGGCCGCUUCGUCGUUGGACCGAAGCCCAAGGUUAAAGGGACGAGAUGACGUCGAUGUUGCGGCUACAGUGGCCAAUUUCUGUAUUACAGCAGGUUUGGCGGUUGGGAGCGUGGCGAGCUUUGCAGUAAGGGCUGCGGUUUGCGACUGUAACCCCUUUACAGAAUGAGGGUGUAACAAUAUGUGGACGGUUGUAUCGAGCGGUUGUUUCCUGUAACAUAACAUAAUACUGAAAGGAUAAAGCGCAUUAUAUAGGAAAGUGGUGUGGUUAUCUUCGUUGGUGAGGAGUUGCUGUAUAAGCCACAGC